CUCUUCAGUAUUCUUCUCCAUUUCCCCCUUCUCUCCUAUUUCCCGUUUCUCCGGUGACCCAAAAUGACCAAAUUCAGGAAAUUGAAUCGUCCGACGGGACAUCGGAUGUCCAUGCUCAGGACAUUGGUGUCACAAUUAGUGAAGCACGAACGGAUUGAAACCACCGUUGCUAAGGCAAAGGAAGUCAGAAGGUUGGCCGACAAUAUGGUUCAGUUUGGAAAGGAGGGAACUCUAUGUGCUGCAAGACAGGCAGCUGCCUUUGUGCGUGGGGAUGAUGUCAUUCAUAAGCUCUUCACUGAAUUGGCCUACAGAUACAAAGAUAGAGCUGGUGGAUACACGAGAAUGCUCCGAACUCGCAUUCGAGUAGGUGAUGCUGCACCAAUGGCCUAUAUAGAGUUUAUUGAUAGAGAAAAUGAACUUAGACAAUCCAAACCACCAAAUCCUCAACCUCCACAGAGACCAGCCAUGGAUCCCUGGACAAGAUCUCGGCUUAGCCGGCAGUUUGCACCACCUAAGGAGGAGAAAAUCUGUGACUCUGAUAGUUAGUAUGAGUUUUUUUUCUGGGAAGUACAUUCUAGAUGAUUGUUUUGUCUUUUCAAUUCGUAAUGAUAUAUCUGUGUUUUACAUAUUUGGAGGCCUACAUGUAGGUGCAAUGAAAAUAAUGUUUCAUUCAACAGUACUAGGCGUGGUGGGUGAUAAAUUUAACUGGUUUUAAGCUUCUGUGUUUUCCACCCUGCCUUGUACUCUAGUUGAUCAAUACAUAUGAGUCGUCCAGAAGUUUUUUGACUUGUGUUUUAGAAACCCCAUGCAUCACCCAGCGGACACUCUUUGCAUAAAAUUCUAUGUACGCUACUAUCGCGGUCAAGUCAUACUCUUUUUGAGGCCGGUACCAGGCUCCUUGAUAACCUUUCAACAUGGUUGAUCGACGAGAGGUUUGUGUGGGAAAUCUGUGAAUGAAGUUCUUGUGGGAUGAUUAUUUAUUUUUGUUUUAAUUAUGUAAUCCUUUUCUAGUAAAAGACUUUCUAUGAAAAUAUAUUUUCAUGAAAAA